AUGUCUCGCCCCGCUAUCUCGUACCCCAUCCCAACAGAUGAGCCACCACCACUUUCAACCCCAACAGGAUACUACCCGCCUCCGUCGCCGCGCGGAAAGCCCGCAUCUUUCCGUGACGUCUCCGGGUCCCUGUCAGGAGCAUCGGCACCACCUGGCUCCUCACAUCAUGCAGGAGGCUCGGGCUCGGGCUCGCACGCACACAACUCGCAUCCCGGCCACGGAGGCGGCACAGGCUCAGGCGGAUCGGGAUAUGGCGGAGGCCCAGGCGGCGGGUAUGAGGGAGGAAGGAGCGGGCGGCAGGUAUCAGGCCCUCGUGCACCGUCAUCCACUUCCACGUUAGAUUCGUACAUCACACGCUUGCUAGUGGUUACGAAGCAGCUCCUUCAGGGUCUCGAGCAAUGGGCGAGGCGUGAACUCAGCGAGGAGGCGGUCAGCGACAUCUACGUCCGACUCGGGAACGGUUUCGAGCUGUGCGUCAGCACAUUCCGGCGCGCGGGGAUCUCAACCGCCGAUCUCGACUCUGUGCCCUCCGAUCUCCGAGAAAUCCUCGAGCGUGCCCUCGCCGAGGAGCCCACACAAGAUACGCUCAAUAUCUACCUCCCCGACAUCCGCGCGAUCAUUUUCAACCUCCUCAAUGGACUUAAGAACAAACAGAUGGCAUACAAGCGGCAUCUGGUAGAGCGCACACCUCAGCCCGAACCGGUGACGCCUCAGCGCCCGCAACCGCGGCAGUCAGCGCCGCCCGCGGAUGCGGAGACGCGAUCGGUGCGAUCGAUAGCAUCAAUCGAUGGGCCCGCGAGCCCGGCCAGCCAGACCGGCAUCCUGCCCAGUGCGAGCUCGCGCCCUACGUUGGCGGAGCGGAGCCAGCACCGCGAGCGUGCAUCAAGGCCCGCGCCGCCUGACGCGUUCCGGCCGUCGCGCACACGUCCCGCUCCAGACGGGAGCGUGCGUACGCUCUCUUCAGGGAGCAUUGAGCGCCCGAUGCCGCGCGCUACCUCACCCAUCCCAUCGGUACACUCGGGGUUCGGAACACCCCCAACUGGCCCAGUGACACCUGCGCCGACGACUUCCGCCCCGCCAGCACGCCAGCCGCGGCGGCCGGAGCGCACAUCACGCGACAGCGCGAACCCGACGUCGAGGUUUAGCGCCGACUCUGACGUGUCGUCUAUCUCGUCAGCGCGUGCACCAUCAGACAGUGCGAGCGCGAGUACCGUCACGAUGCCUAUCCCCAUUCCGCACGCACUCUCCCGCGAACUGCCCCUGCCUCCGGUUGGGGGGUCGUCGCACAUCCAGCCGACACCGUCUCCAGGCGCCCUUCCCACCGCGACCUCGCCCGCGCCUCCACCCCCACCUGUCCCGAGGACGCCGCCACCUCCUUCCCCCGGUAUGCCUGGGUUGCCAACGCUCAAUCUCCCCGACCAGGGCGAAGACCAGGGCGAAGACGCGGUCGAAGUCUUGAACGGCGUAACAGCAGCGUUCGUCAACGACGGCGUUCACCCGGCAGCGCGCUCGAGCUUUGCGCUCCUGCAAAGGUCGGACGCACUGGAGCGCCGCGCGUCCAAGCGCUUCUCGAGCUACACAUUCAACAAGAUGGUCGGUACGAGCCCAGGCAAGAAAGCUACAAGCGGAACGGGAUCGCCGCCUCGGCCCGCGCGGCGCUCAAACGUCCACGCUAUUCCGCCUAUGCCAGCCCUCACCGAGGCGCAUAGAAGCUUGGUUGCCGAGACGACGCCGCCUGUCAGCGAGCCCGCCGUGAGCACGGCCCACAGUGUAGAUGCAAUCUCGAGCACCAGCGUAUCGGCCUCGCCUCCAGCCUCAACGCCUGGCCUGGUCACGGCUUUCCUGCAGCUCGGGCGACACGUCAAGAAGACGACGAUCGAGCUGCCUCUCACCAUGAGCGCGCUGCGUCUCCUCUUCAUGGAGAGAUUCGAGUACGACCCCGGCAUGGAGGACUUCCCGGAUGUAUAUAUCAAGGACCCAAGAACGAGCGUGCAGUACGAGCUGGAGGACAUGGAGGACGUACGCGAGGGGUGUCUGCUCGUGCUGGACAUUGAACCCCUCGACCAGGUCAAACAACACUUUGAUCUCAAUUUCGCGUCGCUCGCGCAGGACAUCAAGGAGCUCAAGACGUCGCUUGCGCAGUCAAAGCGGAUGAGCACGACGGCGCCGUCUACGAGUUUGUUGACCGUGUCGCCCGUCCUUACCGCUGCGCCGCCCCCGCCACCCGUCGAGACACCGCGCUCUCCCAUGAGAAGUGACAGUGGACCAGCGCCCGUCGCCGAGCUACGCGCUCAUUACGACGAGGUGCAGAGCCUGCGACGCGACCUGGCGAUCAUGCGUCAAUUGCACGUUGACUUCCUCUCGCAGACCAAGGAGAGCUUUGCAGCCUUACGCGCGCAGAAUACGGCGAUGCGUGAGGUCGUCAAGACCAAGAUGGGCGGGAACCGCUCGCUGCUGGACAACUCCAAGGCCAAACUUGAGGGACAGUGCCAAGACACCAUUCAGGCGGUCGAGGAGGUGAGCGACAUUAUCGACGGCGCGCGCGAGGACGCGUUACGUCGCGGUGUUACUCCGCCGCGCGGUCGCACGGAGAAGAUCAAGGCCGACCUGGAGCGCGCCACAAGCCUCGUCGACCAGUUCUCGCGUGACGUAACCCUCGCCGAGCCGACAUGGCGCGCAACCUGGCUUGCCGAGCUGCAGCGCGUGACGGACGAGCAGCGCCUCCUCGCGUACCAGAACAAGCUUGCCGCGGACCUGAAGAACGACAUCAAGGACGCGACCGAGAUGCUCGACAACGUACGUGCCUUCGUGACGCAGCGCGCCGUGCGUCCGCGCUUCCAGCCUCCUCCUCCGGAAACUGGGGGUGUGACCAACCUCCUGCUCGAGAUCCGGACCAAGGAAUCGGACCCAACCGCCCGCCUCCGCGCCAUCGAAGAACAGGCGAAAGUCCGGGAACGCGAGAUGGCAUCGCGAACCGACGAUUUCCAGGACGAGCUGGGCGCGUUUGUGCAGGGCAGGAAGCUGCGCAAGACGGGGGGGACGGACGAGGCGGAACGCGUCCGCCAGAGACGCCAGGACCAGACUAUCCGGCGUAUGCUUAGUGGUGAUGGACCGGGGGCCGAACCCCUCAGUCCCCAGAUUACGGGGAGGAGCGCUAGUGCGGCGAGUAACGCGAGUAGUCCUCCAGGACAUGGAGCGGGGGGAGGCUAG